AUGGAGAGGACGAGUGAGCAGAAGCUGACAUCUGUGUCCAACUUGGUGACUGUAUUUGAGAACAGCAGGACCCCAGGAGCAGUGCCCAGAGCCCACAGCCUGGAACAUGUGCAUCACCGCCCUGGGUGCAGACCUCCCCUCCCCCCAGGUCUACAGGAGAAGGCCGACAUUGAGGAGGCCCUGGGGUCUGGGCCCAGGACCGUUAGCAGGAGGUACCUGAGCUCCCUGAAGAACAAGCUGUCCAGUGGGGCCUGGAGGAAAUCUUGCCAGCCUGGGACCUGCUCUGGGCCAGGGAUGCAGGAGCCUGAGGAGAAGAGGAUUGUCCAGGAGCUGCUGGAGACAGAACAGGCCUAUGUGGCACGCCUCCACCUGCUAGACCAGGUGUUCUUUCAGGAGCUGCUGAGUGAGGCCCGCAGCAGCAAGGCCUUCCCUGAGGACGUGGUCAGGCUCAUCUUCUCCAAUAUCUCCUCCAUCUACCAGUUUCAUGCGCAAUUCUUCCUCCCAGAGCUGCAGCGGCGCCUGGAUGACUGGACAGCCACCCCCUGUAUCGGCGAUGUGAUCCAGAAACUGGCGCCAUUCCUGAAGAUGUACAGUGAGUAUGUCAAGAACUUCGAGCGGGCUGCCGAGCUGCUGGCCACCUGGACUGACAAGUCCCCACCCUUCCAGGAGGUUAUCACUCGCAUCCAGAGCAGCGAUGCUUCGGGCAGCCUGACCCUGCAGCACCACAUGCUGGAACCAGUGCAAAGAAUUCCACGCUAUGAGCUGCUGCUCAAGGAGUACAUCCAGAAGCUGCCAGCCCAGGCGCCAGACCGGGUGGAUGCCCAGAAAGCCCUCGACAUGAUCUUCUCGGCAGCUCAGCACUCCAACGCAGCCAUCUCUGAAAUGGAGCGGCUGCAGGAACUGUGGGAGGUGUACCAGCGCCUGGGCCUCGAGGACGACAUAGUGGACCCCUCCAACACCCUGCUCCGUGAGGGCCCAGUCCUCAAGAUCUCCUUCCGCCGCAGCGACCCCAUGGAGCGCUACCUUUUCUUGUUCAACAACAUGCUGCUGUACUGUGUGCCCCGGGUCAUCCAGGUGGGCGCCCACUUCCAGGUGAGGACCCGCAUCGACGUGGCCGGGAUGAAGGUGCGGGAGCUGACUGAUGCCGAGUUCCCCCACUCCUUCCUGGUGUCCGGGAAGCAACGCACCCUAGAGCUGCAAGCCCGGUCCCGGGAGGAAAUGAUUUCCUGGAUACAGGCCUGCCAAGCAGCCAUUGACCAAAUUGAGAAGCGGAAUGAGACAUUCAAGGCUGCAGUCCAGGGACCUGAGGGAGACACCCACGAGCAGAAGCUGCAGUCUGAGGAGUUAGGCCUCUGGGCGCCGCAGUGGGUCCGGGACAAGAUGGUGACCAUGUGCAUGCGCUGCCGGGAGCCCUUCAAUGCCCUGACACGCCGUCGCCACCACUGCCGAGCCUGUGGCUACGUGGUGUGUGCCAGGUGCUCUGACUACCGGGCUGAGCUGAAAUAUGACAACAACAGGCCCAACCGAGUCUGCUUUGACUGCUACACGUUCCUCACCGGAAACGUGCUCCCCGAGGACAAGGAGGACAAGAGGCGGGGCAUCCUGGAGAAAGGAUCCUCGGCAGGGUCCGACCAGAGCCUGAUGUGCAGCUUCCUACAGCUCGUUGGGGACAAGUGGGGCAAGAGUGGCCCCCGGGGCUGGUGUGUGAUCCCCCAGGACGACCCCCUCGUGCUCUAUGUCUACGCUGCCCCUCAGGACAUGCGGGCUCACACCUCCAUCCCCCUGCUGGGCUACCAAGUGACUGCUGUGACCCAGGGGGACACCCGGCUCUUCCAGCUGCAGCAGUCAGGCCAGGUCUACACCUUCAAGGCUGAGACCGAGGAGCUGAGCGGCCGCUGGGUGAAGGCCAUGGAGCGGGCAGCCAGCGGCUGGAGCCCUGGGGAGCCUAAUAACAGGGACCUGUCCAACUGA